AGCAGCGGGACUGAGUGACUGGAGGAGGAGGUGGAGUCUGUCCCAGCCUGCAUCUGGCCCGCUCCCCUCUCUGUCACCCCGGGCCAAACCCGCCCAGCUCCUCUCACUCACUCUCCGUCUGUUCUCCCGCACGGCUCGGCUCGGAUACACGCAGCACUCACUCACAACACACAGCGAGGACACACACGGAAUGGAGACGGAAGGGAGCCAGAGCAGCCUGUCCACCACGGACUCCCCCCACGACCCCUGCAAAAUGUUCAUAGGUGGACUCAGCUGGCAAACAACACAAGAGGGUUUGAAGGAGUACUUCUGCAAGUACGGCGAGGUGAAGGAGUGUAUGGUGAUGCGAGAUCCGGUUACUAAGCGCUCGAGAGGGUUUGGAUUUGUCACCUUUGUUGAUCAGGCCGGCGUGGAUAAAGUUUUGGCCCAAACCAGGCACGAGUUGGACUCAAAAACAAUUGAUCCAAAGGUUGCAUUCCCUCGCAGAGCUCAGCCCAAGUUAGUGACUCGAACCAAGAAGAUCUUUGUGGGAGGCCUGUCAGUGAACACAACCAUUGAGGAUGUGAAACAGUACUUCGACCAGUUCGGGAAGGUCGACGAUGCCAUGCUCAUGUUCGACAAGACCACCAACAGACACAGAGGGUUCGGCUUCGUGACGUUUGAGAAUGAGGACGUGGUGGAGAAAGUGUGCGAGAUCCACUUCCACGAGAUCAACAACAAAAUGGUGGAGUGUAAGAAAGCUCAGCCCAAGGAGGUGAUGUCCCCCACGGGCUCAGCCAGGGGGCGCUCUCGUGUGAUGCCCUAUGGAAUGGACGCCUUCAUGCUGGGCAUUGGUAUGCUAGGUUAUCCAGGCUUCCAGACAGCCACCUACACCAGUCGCAGCUAUGCUGGCAUCACUCCUGGAUAUACCUACCAGUUCCCUGAGUUCCACUUAGAGAGGACUCCCCUUCUGACUUCACCCCACCCCCCUGAGCUCACAGCCAUUCCUCUGACAGCAUAUGGACCAAUGGCAGCAGCAGCGGCAGCAGCGGCAGUAGUUAGAGGCUCCACCCCGUCUCGCUCAGCUGGAUUUUUAGGUACGAGCAGCCCGGGGCCGAUGGCGGACCUUUAUGGAACAGCCAGUCAGGAGUCAGCUGUCAGCAGUUACCUCAGUGCUGCAAGCCCCGCCCCCAGCACUGGAUUCAGCCACGGCUUGGGGGGCCCUUUGAUCGCCACGGCCUUCACUAACGGAUAUCACUGAGACUUGCAGAGCUGUAGACUGAGAGCUGGAAGGAGUUGAAGCUGAUUUGGAGCUGAUCUGGCCUGUCUCUGUCCAGUCCACCUCUCCGGCUUGGGCAGCUGAACCUCCACCCUGGUGUCAGCCUGAACCCCGCCCACCCUACUGACGCCUCGCUAAACUCCACCUCCUGAGAAAAAAAGAGUGAAAAAGUUUAUCACUUCAUGUAAUAGCAACACAUACAGAUGCUGUAUUUUUAGUGUUUUUUUCUGUCGUUAUGUUUCACCUUGCUGUUUUUUGUGAUGGCUGCAUUGUUUCUUUAUCUGUUUUGACUGUGUUUUUUUUUUCUUUCGGGUUAUUUGACCUCUGAACCUGAUCUCUCUGAGAUAGGAGGAGAAAAAUCUCCAGGUGAAGCCUGUUUGAAGGUUAGGAGAUGUAAUUUGUACUGGAAAACUGUAUAUUUGUCACUAGUUCAUACUGAAUUUUAACAAAACAUUUGUGAUUAAUACUAUUUCUUGACAUUGUGUCACAAAGUGUAUAUCUUGGUAGGUUUUUAACAAAGAAUUGUUACACUAAUAAUGGUCAGACGACAAAGGGCAUUAGUCGCAGUUACAGAAUAGGCCUACAUGAGCUGUACAAUUUUGUAAAAUAUUGUAAAUAUGACUGGUUUCUGGGGGGGCUCAGCGAUUGUUUGUGUGCGGGAGGUGGGAGGCUUUUGGAGAUCAAUCAGUAUGUGUUGGAAAGCUUGACUGUUGCGUAUCAUAGUUUCACAUGGAGGUCAAGAACAUGUCUGUCAAUAUUAGAGCAGCCACAUACUGUAUUCCUCUCCAUUUUUUAAAGGAUGUGUCUGAUUGUGUUAAAGUUGCCUCGGAGUGGAAACACUCUGAGGAGAGGAGGAGAGAGGCUGGAACAACACUUUACUUUUGGGGAUAAAUGGGUGUGAAAAUGCUCCUCUAUCAGGAGAGGGACAAAAAACAUGCUGUUUUCUUACUUUGUCAUAUUGUUGUUUUAACUGUGAUUUUCAAUAUGUGAUGAUUGUUUGUGAAGGAAAAUGAAGGAGUAGUAAGCAUGAGCAGUCAUGCACAGUUAACACUGUUGUGACUGAUUCGCUCUGCAAGUUGUGUUGAUGUUUGCGUGAGCGCGUCAUGGUUUUAUACACAUUGGGUUACAAUGUGUUGGGUUUUUUUUUCUUUUUUU